AUGGGCUGGUUCUGGGGGUCGGACAACGAGGACCCGGUCAAGAAGCUUGACCCCGGCCUCCGCGAAUACCUGGAGAACGAAGCUCCCAAGAAAUACGUCCCCGCCACGCAAAGCUCUCCGGUAGCUGAAGAACAUGCUCUACCGUCUAAGCCCGCAUCCUCUGACAAUGACGCCUCUGCCACCGCUCCCGCUGUUCCCACCGCAUCCCUCUUCCCCGACGGUCGUUAUGCCGACUUAUGGAAAACCUACAAACCUCCUUCACCCGGCGACAUCGAAACGGAAACAUCGGAAGUGUCAUCCAUGCAGGCGCAAUCCAAGCAGCGCCAUGCUAUGGUGAAGCGAGCAGCUAUGGAAAACUGUUCAAUCGAAAACGAGAUAUACCACCUCUGCUUGAAAAGUCCCACCCUCAUUGAACGAGUGACAGCUUGCCAGGACAAGAGCAAAGUAUUCACUCGCUGUUACGCAACGCAAUCCAAAUUCCUGCAGGCUUUGGGAUACGCUUCAACAUCACACUGGGAUGACGAGAGGGAGGAACGGAUUCAAUUGCACGCCGACAAGCUAUACCAUGAGAUGCUCAACUACGAAAAACAGGUCGAGGAAGCUCGGGAGGCUGGCCAAGAACCCCCACCUCUGAAAUCCCUUUUCAACCCACAAGCAGAGCCGGUGCAGCGUGCCAGCGUUGGUCCAGCAGAGCUUGAGAUUCCCGGAGGAGAACCCAUCCCGGAGGGCUUCAAGCCGUCGAAAUCGUUGGAGCGUCUGACUCCACACGAGCGAGAGUUGGAAGUUCGGGCCUACUACCAAGAGUUGGAAGAGCAGAGGGCAUACGUGAAGAGUAUGGCGCCAGUUAUCAGGGCCCACGAAGAAGGGCGAGACAAACGGCGCGAGAAACUUGUCAGCUGGUUCGGAGAGACAGUUGGCACUUGGUUGACACGGUGA